GAAUUUGCACAUUUUCGUGAUUUUGUCAACAUUCUAACUUGAAACGCCUAAAAAAAAUAUUGCUAACAUAUUGUAUUUUGAAUUUUUUAUAUUUUUAAAUCGGUAGAUAUGAACACGUUUUUUAUGAGAAAUGGUUAAUUUAAUGAACUAUUAUAUAUUCUCGAAGUUUUUUAGUUCAAUCAUAUUAGUUAUUAAUUAUAUUUGUUUAAGAUGCCCACAACAAAAGAAGAAUGGCAAUUAAUUGCCAAUGAUUUCAAUUGCCAAUGGAAUUUUCCAUUUUGCAUUGGAUCUAUGGACGGAAAACACAUAAUGUUACAAGCUCCGGUUCAAACAGGAAGUGAAUAUAUUAAUUACGAGGGAUUUUUCAGUAUUGUUUUAUUUGCUGUUGUCGAUGCCAAUUACAAUUUUAUAUACGUCAACGUUGGAUGUCAGGGCCGUAUAUCAGAUGGUGGCGUGUUUGCGAACACUACAUUCAAACAUUUUUUAGAAAAUCAAAAAUUAAAUUUACCAGAAGACAUGUGCCUGCCGGGAAGGGAAAAAUGUAUUCCACAUACAUUUGUUGCUGAUGAUGCUUUUCCUUUGAAAAAAAAUAUCAUGAAACCUUAUCCAGGCACACAAGAAAAAGGAUCAAAAAAAAGAAUAUUUAACUACCGCUUAAGUAGAACCCGAAGAGUGGUUGAAAAUUCAUUCGGAAUAGUGUCUGCAACUUUUAGAGUUUUACGAAAACCUAUGCUUCUAGAACCAAAAAAAGCAACAAUUAUAACCUUAACCUGUGUCCAUUUGCAUAACUUUUUGCGAAAAAGUUUUUCAUCUAGAACAAGUUAUACACCACCAGGUAUUUUUGAUAUAGAAGAUUUAGAUGGAGGGACAAUAAUACCUGGCCAAUGGAGAAGAGAUCAAAAUAAUUUAACACCAUUAGCAAGAAUUGGAAGAAAACCAUCACUAGCUGCACAAGAAAUUAGAGAUGAGUUUUGUGAUGAUUUUUUUCAAAGUGCUGCUGGUAAAGUACCCUGGCAAGACAACUAUUGA